AUGGCGACCGACGUGGCAUUUGAUACCUCUAUGGGUUCCUUUACUGUCGAGCUCUACAACACUCAUGCGCCAAAGACCUGCAAGAACUUCGUAACCCUCGCCCAACGAGGCUACUACAACGACGUCGUCUUCCAUCGCAUCAUCCCCAACUUCAUGGUUCAGACUGGUGAUCCCACUGGAACCGGUCGCGGCGGCAGCUCCAUCUACGGCGAGAAAUUCGAAGACGAGAUCCGCAACGAGCUGAAACACACUGGAGCCGGUGUUCUGAGUAUGGCGAACAGUGGACCCAAUACGAAUGGCAGUCAAUUCUUCGUUACGCUUGCGCCGACACCGUGGUUGGAUGGAAAGCACACAAUCUUCGGUCGGGUGAAGAGUGGCAUGCGAGUUAUCCAGCGCAUGGGUCUGGUCAAGACUGGUGGUGAGGACCGGCCAGUGGAUGAGGUGAAGAUUAUUCGGGCAAGAGUGGUGGAACAAGGGGCAGAAGAGUGA